AUGGCUCGCGGACCUGCCUCACCUCCUCCAACUCCUCUUCCGAAAGUCUCUUUCAUGAAGGUUCAAGAUGAAUUUUCAAGCUAUCCUAUGGGCGUUCAUGAUGCACAAGCAAAGACAUAUGGAUAUAAUGAGUUGACGGACUUCAAGAGGCCCGAGCAUUACAUUCGCUACAUAGGUAUGGUAGACUUCAUGCUCUUGCUUCAAGCUGUAGCCUUACGGACUUCAGAACCUCUGGAGAGCGAUCUUGCCACACAGGUUGAGUAUGACAUGGAUGAGCAAGAUCACGAAUGGCUAAACACAGUGAACGUCGAGCGAAAGAAGCUGCAACAAGAUGGUGUCUCGUACGAAGUAUUCGAGAUUGUCAUGGAUCGUCUUGAAAAGGAAUGGUUUGACCUGACGAAGAAUAUUCCUAAACCUGAUCUAGCUCUGCCUUCGGAAGACUCUACAUGCGCUAUAUGUGAUGAUUCUGAGGGAGAAAAUACUAAUGCGAUCGUCUUCUGCGACGGAUGUAACCUUGCCGUUCACCAAGACUGUUACGGAGUCCCCUACAUUCCAGAGGGCCAGUGGCUAUGUCGGAAAUGUACUGUCUCACCGGAAAACCCUGUGUCUUGUAUUUUAUGUCCCAACGAAGGUGGUGCAUUCAAGCAGACAGUUCACGGUGACUGGGUGCACCUCCUGUGUGCUAUAUGGGUUCCUGAGACUCGAGUUGCUAACGACGUGUUUAUGGAGCCUAUCACUGGUAUUGACAAGAUAUCUAAGCAACGCUGGAGAUUAAAAGAACAACAAGAUACUCGGGCCGCUGCGCUAGUAGCUGAGAGUAAUGAUCAACCUGAGGACGAUUCUACUAGUCCCAAGUCCUCAAAAACUGCUCGUGCGUAUGCGAAAACAUACAAGCCUGGUCCUCCUCUUGUGCCUCAUAUCAUCGUGGAGCGUAUUCUCCAGUACAUCGGCAAAGUGAAUAUUAGGCACAAGCGCGAAUUUGUGAUUCUGGUUUGUAAAUAUUGGAGUUUGAAGCGCGAAGCUCGUAGAGGUGCUGCAUUCUUAAAAAGGUUGCACCUGGAGCCUUGGACAGCCUCAUCGACAACUAGGCAACAAACAGAUGAGGAGAAAGCUAUCAAACUAGAGUUUAUGAGACGUUUGAGGAGGGAUCUAGAGAGCAUUCGCAUGGUAACUGAAAUGUGUCGUAAGCGUGAAGCUCUUAAACUCGAACGAGCUGAAAGCAGGCAGUUUGUCUUCGAUAAGACUCUGCUCACACACGAGCCUCCUCUCAGAAUGGCUUUUGAGAAGAUCAUAGGAGCUGAUCGUCAGGAGUACUUCAAGAAUCCUGUCUCGAAGCUGGAUGUCCCUGACUACUAUGAUAUUGUCAAACAGCCUAUGUGCUGGAGCAUCAUUGACCGCAAGCUUGAUAGGCAUGAGUACUUAGACCUUCACGAGUUCAAGGACGAUGUCAAUCUUGUGAUCAAUAACGCAAUAAUUUACAAUAAACCGGGGACGCCUUACUACAAGACAGCCCAGAAAAUUCAAAGUUCUGCAGAGCCAAUCAUGGCUGAAUUAGAUCGACUCGUGAAUCACCGGUUUCCUGUGCAAGGCUCCUCAGACCAAGAACAGCCCCAAUAUUCUACAGGUGGCCUUGAGCCUCCUCUCCAUCUCCUCCAAUUACUGCUUUCCGAAGACUCUGUCAAGGAAGAUCUGGCGCUAAUUUUGGAUAAGUCACCUCUGGAAGCUCUCUUUAGCUAUGAGCUACCUAGAAUUAGGCCUCCUCCCCCGCCGAAGCCUAAACGCAAUCGCAAAGCAGACCUGGAACGAAAGCGGCAACAACGACUGGAAAGUGCUGCAGAGUUUCGUACACGGACGAGGCGAGGCGCUGCCACCUUUGCUCAGUUCGAAGCAGAAAUCCAGGAGACUACCGAGACUCCAGCGCUUACUCCGGUACCGGAAGCUGGCCCGUCGAAUGAACUUGAAGUCUCUCAGGUCGCACGUCCAGGUAAACCAGGCCGGAAGAAGCGAAUGUCAGGGCCCGGUUUUGCGCAUGCCAAUCUCCCACCUAUGGUAGAGACGGUCGACAAUCAGCAAUCUUUCAAGCUCUUCGAACGGGGAUGGGUCUUACCCCCGGAUCAACGGCGAGGAAACCGACCACGUCCAUCUUUCCCUACAGCCCCUCCAAAAAAGAAGCUUAAGAUUGGUGAACGCGGAAAAUAUCAUAUGUUUUCUUUCACCUCGCCUGGUGACGAACACGAGACCUCGCAGGCACAGCUACCUUCUGAAUCCAACGUGGGUCCUGAGGAAGACAUGAUGGAACUAGACGAAGUGCCCAUCGCCUCUGCAAAAGACCAACCGGCUGAGAAUUAUACCGCCACCAUAGCAGAACAAUCUGUUGAACAUCCUAUUUCUCAUGCGGCAGGGCCGGCCACAGACCCCUCCAUCGCCACGGCCGAACAAGUGACUGACCAUCAUCCUAGUCCCACAACUGAACAAUCAAGCGAACAACGUAUUGGUGUUGCAGCCAGACAAUUGAUUGCGCACCCGGAUGCUCUUGUAGUGCAAAAACUGAUCGACCAGCCUACUAGCCGUCCAGAAAUACAGCAGUCAGCUCGACUCCCUGCUGCGGUGGAACUACCGACUGCAAUUCUUGCUGGCCAUGUAGUAGCUGAACAAACGACCUUGUUAUCCGCUGCUUCUGGUACUACAAAUCCGUUUGAACCUCCCGCGGUCCUCAGUACGACAUCAUUCGAAGAUGUUACGCCUCUGGCGGACCGACUGACUGAACAUCCUGUUGCCCCGGUGGUCAACCAAUCAAUCCAAGAAAAGAGGGAACUUUCUGCUGGUCCUACUGCGGGACCAUCCUCUAUGCAAUCGGCGUCAUCGGCGAUGGAACCUGCUGCGGUCGCCAUGGAGGUCGAUCGGCCAAUUCGGAAACCAAAGCCUGUACGGAUCGCACGCAUUGUCAUUGAGGAACUGGAUACUCCAGCGAUCCGUCGUGAGAAGAAUUUACGUAGGAAGGCCGAGAAAGCACGACUAGCUGCGUUGGCAGCGGCAGCGGCCACAGCUAGUCGAGGUUCUUCCUCGAUUGGUCCAGACGCCACCAUGGAGACUGGGAAAGAUUACGAGAUGUCUUCAGAUCUGUCGUCUCUGAGUGACUUGAGUGACGACGGGGAAGGUACUAUGGACGGACAGGUGUCAUCACGCACCCCAGAUGCUUCUUCCCAACAUCCCAGGAUCCCAAUGACAUCAGCUACUGCAGAGCCGGGAGCUGUAGUAUUGGAGCCAGGUCGGACAUUAGAGGGCGGAACGCUCGUCUGGGCCAAAGCAGCUACUUUCCCCUGGUGGCCUGCAGUCGUAUUUGAACCAGAUGAUCAUACGAUACCUCCGAAUAUGUUGCCAGUGCAUCAUCGUGGAGACACAAGAGGUCCUAUUCAUCUUGUGCGCUUUUAUGAUAGUAAGAGAUCAUGGCAAUGGGUUACCCUAAAUAAAAUGAAGAUGCUCGGUGAGGACGACGAUCUGGAUGCGGAGUUAUUGGCCAACAGUUCCAAGUUACAAAAGUGGAAGACACCGAAAUUGCGCAAGCAAUGCAGAGAUGCAUUCAGGGAGGCAUUGGCGGAGAUGGAAGACGCAGGUGUAGAUGAGGAGCACGAUCCCAUUAGCGAAAGUUGA